GCUUCUCCCCUUUCCUCCCCGCUCCUAUUCCCAUCUCAUCCCCGCGCUCAGCCGCACUCCCCAUCCUCCGGUUAACGUAGGACCCCGCGUUCACUCCCCAUUCCCGCUGGAAGCAGGGCAGGAGCAAGCAGCCGACACUGCCUGGCAAGGCGCUGUGCUCCAGCUGCUACCGAUCGGAGACUCCUGUGUGCGCAGCUGGGCUUGAUUAGGAAUCAACCCCCCCCAAGCCACCCCCACCCGCCCCUGCAGAAGCCUUUUAACCCGCGGGAGGGCCAGGUCGCGCCCCUCACCGUGGUGGGGCGGCGGGGCCGGAUUUGCGCGGCGCGGCCGGUGCUGGGCUCGGUGCGGGGGGGCUCGCUGCCUCCCGCCCGCCUCCCGCCCGCCUCCCGCCCGCUCCCCGCGCCGCCCGCCGCGCCGCCCGCCGCCACUUCGGCAGCUCCUCCGAGCAGCGCCGCGGCUCCGCGCCGCCGAUGCGGGCGAUGUUCGCGGGCAGGCAGCGGCACCGCGGCAGCGCGGAGGGCAGGUGAACUCCGGGGAAGGAUGACCGGCGUCGCCGCGAUCGUCUUCCUCCUGCAGCUCUUGCCCAAGGCGGAGGGACAGGUUUUCGCAGGUGGUUGUUCAUUUGAUGAGCACUACAGUAAUUGUGGUUAUAGUGUGGCCUUGGGAACCAAUGGAUUUACCUGGGAGCAGAUCAAUACCUGGGAAAAGCCAACAAUGGAUCCUGCUGUCCCAACUGGCUCCUUCAUGAUGGUGAACAGCUCUGGGCGAGCAUCUGGGCAGAAAGCUCACCUGCUCUUGCCUACACUGAAGGAAAAUGACACCCACUGCAUUGACUUCCACUAUUACCUGUCCAGCCGAGACCGUUCGAGUCCUGGCUCUCUGAAUGUCUACGUGAAGGUGAACGGAGGACCACAGGGCAAUCCCAUAUGGAAUGUCUCGGGGGUUGUUACAGAAGGAUGGGUGAAAGCAGAACUUGCCAUCAGUACAUUCUGGCCACAUUUUUAUCAGGUGAUAUUUGAGUCUGUCUCUUUGAAAGGACACCCAGGGUACAUAGCUGUGGAUGAAGUCAGAGUUCUCGCCCAUCCCUGCAGAAAAGCACCUCAUUUCCUCCGACUGCAGAACGUGGAGGUGAACGUGGGACAGAAUGCGACGUUCCAGUGCAUUGCUGGGGGGAAGUGGUCACAGCAUGACAAGCUCUGGCUCCAGCAGUGGAAUGGAAGGGACACGGCACUGAUGGUCACUCGAGUGGUCAACCACAGACGCUUUUCUGCCACAGUGAGCGUGGCUGACACCUCCCAGCGCAGCAUCAGCAAGUACCGUUGCGUCAUUCGCUCCGAUGGCGGAUCCGGAGUUUCCAAUUAUGCAGAAUUGAUAGUCAAAGAGCCCCCAACUCCCAUCGCCCCCCCCGAGCUGCUAGCUGUCGGUGCCACGUACCUGUGGAUCAAACCCAAUGCCAACUCCAUCAUUGGAGAUGGGCCCAUCAUACUGAAAGAGGUGGAGUACCGGACGACCACUGGGAAUUGGGCUGAAACACACAUCGUAGACUCUCCUAAUUACAAACUGUGGCAUUUGGACCCUGAUGUGGAGUACGAGAUCCGGGUGCUGCUCACUCGCCCUGGAGAAGGAGGCACUGGCCCCCCUGGACCACCGCUUACAACAAGGACUAAGUGUGCAGAUCCUGUCCAUGGACCACAGAAUGUGGAAGUGGUUGAUAUCCGCUCCCGGCAGCUGACGUUGCAGUGGGAGCCUUUUGGCUACGCUGUGACCCGCUGCCACAGCUACAAUCUCACUGUCCAGUACCAGUAUGUGUUUAACCAGCAAAAAUUCGAGGCAGAGGAACUAAUCCAAACCUCGUCCCACUACACCUUGCGAGGUCUCCGGCCCUUCAUGACCAUCAGGCUGAGGUUGGCCCUCUCGAACCCUGAGGGCAAAAUGGAGAGUGAGGAGCUGGUUGUGCAGACUGAGGAGGAUGUUCCUGGACCCGUUCCCUUGGAAUCCAUCCAGGGAGGACCUUUUGAAGAGAAGAUCUAUGUUCAGUGGAAGCCUCCAAAUGAGACAAAUGGCAUCAUUACACUCUAUGAGAUCACGUACAAGGCCGUUGGGUCUCUGGAUCCCAGUGCUGACCUGUCCAGCCAAAGAGGGAAAGUCUUCAAGCUAAGGAAUGAAACACAUCACCUCUUUGUAGGAUUAUACCCAGGGACUACGUAUUCAUUCACCAUCAAAGCCAGCACAGUCAAGGGCUUUGGGCCACCCAUCACAACACGGAUUGCAACCAAGAUUUCAGCACCGUCGAUGCCAGAAUACGACACAGACUCGCCCCUGAAUGAGACUGACACGACCAUCACCGUCAUGCUGAAGCCUGCUCAGUCCCGGGGAGCUCCUGUCAGUGUCUAUCAACUGGUUGUCAAGGAGGAGAAGCUGCAGAAAGCACGAAGAGCUGCCGACAUCAUUGAGUGCUUCUCUGUCCCAGUGAGCUACAAGAACGCUUCCAGUCUGGACUCACCACACUACUUUGCAGCUGAGCUGAAACCCAUCAAUCUGCCUGUCACUCAGCCCUUCACAGUGGGUGACAACAAAACCUACAAUGGCUACUGGAAUGCUCCACUGUCUCCCCUGAAAAGCUACAGCAUAUACUUCCAGGCUCUGAGCAAGGCAAAUGGAGAAACAAAAAUCAACUGUGUCCGGCUGGCAACCAAAGCAGUAAUGGAUAGGCAACAAGUGACCACGCGAAACCUGCCCAGCGUCUUGAGCACAGGAGCUUCCACCCAGAAUUCCAAUGCAGUGGAACCAGAAAAACAAGUUGACAGCACUGUGAAAAUGGCUGGAGUUAUAGCUGGUCUGCUGAUGUUUGUUAUUAUCCUCUUGGGAGCAAUGCUUACCAUCAAGAGAAGAAGAAAUGCAUAUUCCUACUCCUAUUACUUGCAUUCAAGCCAAUGUUUUAGGGGCCUCUCUGUCUUCUACAGGACCAGGAAGCUAGCCAAGAAGCAGAAGGAGACUCAGACCAGCACGCAGAGGGAGAUGGGUCCCAUGGCUACUUCCGACAAGACCUCCACCAAACUCAGUGCUGUUCACAAUGAAGAAGCUUUUUCUUCCAGCUGCCAAGAUGUUAAUGGAUUCACAUCACCCUCUCCUUGUUCAUUUUCUGUCCAAAGCAAAACCCUUCAGAGCAAAUCUUUGUUGAAUUCCUACUACUCAGUAACAUCAGACACUGUUCCAUCGACCACGCUGUUAGACAGUAGCCAUGGAGAGAUGACCCAGCCAACCCUGACUAUCCAGACCCACCCGUUCCGGAGCUGCGAGCCGGUGGAAAUGUCCUACCCCCGAGGGCAGUUCCAGCCAGCCAUCCGAGUGGCCGACCUGCUGCAGCACAUCACCCAGAUGAAGCGAGGACAGGGCUAUGGAUUUAAAGAGGAGUAUGAGGCACUACCCGAGGGGCAGACAGCAUCCUGGGAUACAGCCAAGGAAGACGAAAACCGCAAUAAGAACAGAUACGGAAACAUAAUCUCCUAUGAUCAUUCAAGAGUGAGAUUGCAGCUGCUGGAUGGGGACCCUCACUCUGACUACAUAAACGCCAAUUACAUAGAUGGGUACCACCGGCCUCGCCAUUACAUUGCAACUCAAGGGCCUAUGCAAGAGACAGUGAAGGAUUUCUGGAGAAUGAUUUGGCAAGAAAACUCCGCAAGUGUGGUCAUGGUCACCAACUUGGUGGAAGUGGGCAGGGUAAAGUGUGUUCGGUACUGGCCAGAUGACACAGAGGUCUAUGGAGAUAUUAAAGUCACAUUAAUUGAGACAGAACCGUUGGCAGAGUAUGUCAUACGCACAUUUACUGUGCAGAAGAAAGGCUACCAUGAGAUCCGAGAGAUUCGGCAGUUCCACUUCACCAGCUGGCCGGACCACGGCGUUCCUUGCUAUGCCACCGGCCUCCUGGGCUUCGUUCGCCAAGUGAAGUUCCUCAAUCCCCCAGAAGCAGGACCCAUUGUUGUGCACUGCAGUGCAGGGGCUGGGAGAACAGGGUGCUUCAUUGCCAUUGACAUCAUGCUCGACAUGGCAGAGAACGAAGGCGUGGUGGAUAUUUUUAACUGUGUGCGAGAGUUGCGAUCCCAAAGAGUCAAUUUGGUGCAGACAGAGGAGCAGUAUGUGUUUGUCCAUGAUGCCAUUUUGGAGGCAUGUCUGUGUGGCAACACAGCCAUUCCAGUUUGUGAGUUCAGAUCCAUAUAUUACAACAUCAGCCGACUAGAUCCACAGACCAAUUCCAGCCAGAUAAAAGAUGAGUUUCAGACUCUCAAUAUCGUGACACCGCGUGUGCGGCCAGAGGAUUGCAGCAUCGGCCUUCUGCCCAGGAACCACGACAAGAAUCGCUGCAUGGACGUGCUGCCCUUGGACCGGUGCCUGCCUUUCCUCAUCUCCGUGGAUGGUGAAUCCAGUAACUACAUCAAUGCUGCACUCAUGGAUAGCCACAAGCAACCUGCUGCCUUUAUUGUCACCCAACACCCUUUGCCCAACACCGUAGCAGACUUCUGGAGGCUGGUGUUUGAUUAUAACUGCUCCUCUGUGGUGAUGCUGAACGAGAUGGAUGCAGCACAGCUCUGCAUGCAGUACUGGCCAGAGAAGACAUCCUGUUGUUAUGGCCCAAUUCAAGUAGAGUUUGUUUCAGCAGACAUUGAUGAAGAUAUCAUCAACCGGAUAUUCCGGAUCUGCAACAUGGCCAGGCCACAGGAUGGGUACCGCAUAGUUCAGCACCUGCAGUACAUUGGCUGGCCAGCAUACAGGGACACCCCUCCUUCCAAACGCUCCCUCCUCAAGGUGGUCAGAAGGUUGGAGAAGUGGCAAGAACAAUACGAUGGGAGAGACGGACGGACUGUUGUCCACUGCCUGAACGGUGGGGGACGCAGCGGCACCUUCUGUGCCAUCUGCAGCGUGUGUGAAAUGAUUCAACAGCAGAAUAUCAUUGAUGUGUUCCACAUAGUGAAAACACUACGGAAUAACAAAUCCAACAUGGUGGAGUCAUUGGAACAGUAUAGAUUUGUAUACGAGGUUGCACUGGAAUACUUGAGUUCCUUUUAGCGCAGUGGAGGCAGGGGCGCCUCUGGAAUGCCAGACCCCAAUCUCUGGCCAAUGCUUCUCCCCUCUCCCACACUGGAAGGCAGUGACAAGCACGGGAAAGAAAAUCUCUCCUUCCUGGAGCAAGAGACUGAGACUGCACAGACCUGUCUGGACGGAGGAGCCGAUGCCUGUGUCUGCAGCUGCCUGCUUUCUAUUGAACAUCUACUGCUUCGUAAAUAACCUCCUGUCAAAAUUAGCAACACGGGAGACAGGCUCAAGACUGGACUUUCCAAUCCCCUCUGACUUCUCCUCUCCUCUUUGGGAUUGUAUUUUUGCUCUCCUUGCUGCAGAGUGGGGAAGGAAUGAAACCCUGAGGAAAUUCUCUUUUCAGUGUCUCCUUUUUAAUUUAUAAUUUUGUUCUGAAAUCCCAGUCUCUAAGUUUUUUAAUUCCAUGCAGCAGUCAUUUGGGACAAAUGAGAUAGCCAUAGGGGACAUCGGAAAUGUUUCAUUACCAUUUGUCUUCCUUCCCUGUUUCCUUUUAUUUGUUUUUCCAAAUGAAAAGGCCAACGCAAGAGAAAAAAAAAAACCCAACCCACCAACAUUGGAAUUCUCUUCUCAUAUGUAGUUCCUUUUAGCAUGAAAAUAGAUGGUGGAGAUGAGAAGUUGUUCAUGGAUUCACUGCCUUGGCUUCUACCCAGAUGUUUCCUCCCAGUUUCUGCUAGGCUCCCCAGGCUGUGCAUGAACCAGUUCCAGCUCUGGUCUGUGUUCCUUUCAGUGCUGGUGAAGCAAUACCAGGAAUGAGUUUCCCAAGCACUUGAACCUUAAGGUUAAAUAUUUGCAUCAAACAAAUUGCAUUUGUCUUGCAAUUGGUAACUUUGUUACCACGUUUUUCAAGUAUUUGCUGGGGUGCAGUGUGUUUGACAAACAGGGUAUACAGUAGGUAUUAUUGAUCAUAUACUAUGUACUGCUAUUUUUUAUUUAUUACUUGUAUUGCUGUACAAUACAAACUCGGGACCCCUAGUCACGACAGGACCCUGCUGAACUAGGCACUGUGCAAACAGAGGACAAAGAAGGUUCCUGCUCAGGAGCUUCUGAAGAUAAGUCUUAAAAUUGGGCUUGCUCAAGAUUUCCUCACUAUUUCCAAACUGUUGUACAAUCAGAUGCAGUUGAGUGAUUUAUUCAGAUCUUCAAAAUGGUAAUCCAUCCAAGGUGCAGGAAAGGUGAUGUACGUACAUGGAAACCUAUUCUGGCAUGUGCUAAGGAAGGGUUAGACCAGCACAGCAACUCCCCUUCUUAAUCAAAUGAGCUCUCGUUUUAUUCUGCAGAAAUGCCUGUGCAACUCUCCUCCUUUGAAACAAACACCAGAUGUGUUUUGCCAUGUUCUGGAUCUCACUCUAACUUCUCAGCAGCUAAGAAAUUGCUUUUCUGAGGGGGUAUGUGAAGUAGUUAAUCACUGAGGUCUGCAGGGUAAUCUUGGAGAAAAAAAAUAAUUGAAUGAACAAGGCCUUACAAUAUUCAGUAUUUCAAUUUACCCCUUUAUUUAUCUUGAGGGUGCAGGGAUAUGAGGCUGCUCUGUGUGUAAAUUAGAUUCUGGGAGAUGAAGGUUUCUUCAGACACAAGCUUGCUCAAAGAUAGACUGAAGAGUUCAAGGAAACUCCACUUUCUUACCACUCUCAGGUAAAUACUUGGAGACUGUGCUGGGAGCUUUGUCAUGUCAGUGCCUGGCACAGAGCAUGCCAGGAGUUCCAAACAGGUUACUAAUUCCAUAUGUAAAUUCAAAAGGCAUCUCUGCUUCAUGGUCAUUAUUGUAUCAAUAGUCAUAACUUUGCCUUGACAAUGAAGGAUGAAAAUCUGAUAAAAACAACUCUCGACUCAUACAACAUACCAGUAUCUAACCAAAUAGUUAUCAUCAAUACCAGGACCUACAACAGUCUAAGGAAGGAUGCUUGGAACAGCAAUAAUCCUCUUCCAGAGAGAAGGGGAGGGACUUCAUAGGAUGCUGAAGCACCUAGCUCAUACUCGUUCUGAGGAGCUUUGGAUUGUUAAGAAUCAUGAAGGUUUUAAAUGAGCUAGAACCAGAUUCUUCCUGAUGUAGCCAGUGUGCCCUAAAGCAUCGGUGAGAAACCCUUCACAGGUGCCUCUGCUGUGCUUCUAUUUGGUCCUUUCUGUUGUCUGCAUGAACUCAUGAACCAUAGAAUCACAGAGUGGUCUGUGUUGAAAGGGAGCUUAAAGCUCGUCCAGCUCCAACCCCCUGCCAUGGGCAGAGACACCUUCCACUAGAGCAGGUUGCUCCAAGCCCCUGUGUCCAACCUGGUCUUGAACACUGCCAGGGACGGGAAAAUCCCCUUUAGUUCCUACUGGGGCUGUAGAUGGCUGUCUGGCAUCUCAUGAAACGAACUACUGGUUGUAAUUGGGGGAGUUUUGGGGGGUUUUUUUGGUUGUUUUUUCCUUUUGCCACUAAGCAACACGAUUCUCUAGGAGAAAAAAAAUAGAAAUCAAAGCAAAA